AUGGACCACGAAGACGACUACGAUCCAGCCUUGAGAGCUGCCCUUGCAGCGUCGAUGCGAGGCCAAACGACACCUCAAAAUGAUUUUGUCGAUCUGACAGGCGACUCAGGUGAUGAAUCAAAAUCCCAUACUACGGCAGAAGCGAACGUCAUCGAUAUUGAGGAUGAGGAAAGUGACGAUGACCUUCGACAAGCUAUUGCUCUGUCUAUGCAGGAGAUGCAACAGUCUCCUCCUGACGGUGUUCUGAACGGGCGUGGCUCAGACAAGACAGACGGUACUACCACUGACUCCGACAAACCUGCUCAUGUCUCGCCUAAGCUACGCUCUGCAUCUGAGACAGUGCCUCCUGUGGUCAACUUCGGCAUUCCAGGACUGGAUCGAAAAAAAUUAGAAGAAGAGCGACUUGCGCGUGUCGCGAAGCGAAAAGCAGAGAGCAGCAUCUCACCACCACCGCUCAAACGCGAUGCCAAGGUUGCCAGACGCGAUGCCUCACCAGAAAAAAUUAGUGAGCUAAAAUUGACAGAAGGUCUGCCAGUCACAUCAGCACAAGCAUUGGCAAAUUCAAAGAAAUCUGCGGCAUCAAGAGCCUCCACCCAAGAGUCCAAACCCAAGACAGCACAGCCAUCUUCAUCUCCAUCUCCACAGUUCCUCCAAGGAGUCGUCAAAAAGACUUGGGCAUUUGGUUACGCGAGAAACGGUGACGACAUCAAGAUUGAGGAAGUCCUUCAGACCGCUGACCUGGAGCUUGCUAUUUUAAGCGCUUUCCAGUGGGACAUGGAAUGGGUGUUCACUAAAUUUCGGACACCAAGCAAGACGAGAUUUAUGAUGGUCAUGCAGGCCAAGGAGGAAUCUACUAGGCUACAAUAUCAGGAGGAAACAGCUAAUAUGCCCAACAUUCGUUUAUGUUUCCCACCUAUGGAAGGACAGGUCAAUUGCAUGCAUUCGAAGCUCAUGCUUUUGUUUCAUCCAGAGUAUUUGAGAAUUGUCGUCCCAAGUGCAAACAUGGUACCGUACGAUUGGGGUGAGCAAGGCGGAGUUAUGGAAAAUAGUGUUUUUUUGAUUGACCUACCAAAAAAGUCCGCACAAGAUGCUGCUGAUGCCCCCAGAACAGCAUUUCACGAAGAACUUGCUUACUUCCUCAAGGCCAGCACGCUGCACGAGAAUAUUAUAGCGAAGCUGUCUAGUUUUGAUUUCAAGGAGACAAGCCACUAUGCUUUUGUUCAUACCGUUGGAGGCUCCCAUUUCGGCGAAGCCAUGACACGCACAGGCCAUUGUGGACUUGCUAGAGCUGUAAAAUCCAUGGGGCUGGAGACACAAGACCUGAUCAACAUCGACUUUGUGACCUCGUCCAUCGGCUCSCUGACUGAUGAAUUCAUGCGAUCAAUCUAUCUUUCAGCGCAAGGUGUUGAUGCCCAACGAGCCACAGGCUCAGAAUGGAAAUCCCGUUUCCGAGUCUACUAUCCAUCUGAACAAACGGUAUCACAAUCAAAGGGCUCAAGACGAAGCGCAGGGACCAUUUGUUUCCAGGAGAAAUGGUUCAUAGGUCCAAAGUUUCCUAGAAAUGCUUUACAUGAUUGUAUCAGUCGUCGAGAGGGGUUGUUGAUGCAUAACAAGGUGCACACCCUCUUCUUUCAUAAUUCGGAGAACUGGUCAUCAACUGACGAAUACUUCAAGAUGAUGUUUGUCCGCCCUGAGACAUCGAUCAAGCUAUCCGAUGGCUCCAGUUGUAGAGGAUGGGCGUACGUGGGUAGCGCAAAUCUUUCCGAAAGUGCAUGGGGCAAAGUCGUGCAGGACCGCAUCAGAAAAGAGCCGAAACUGAAUUGCCGUAAUUGGGAAUGCGGCGUGUUGGUGCCGAUUACUGAAUCACCAUCUGCAUCUACCUCGGAUGAGGAAGAAAAAAAGGACGAGAGCAAUUCAGUAGCGGAAGGGGAUAUCGUCCAGAUUUUUUCAUCUAUGGUACCAGUGCCAAUGCGUGUGCCUGCGCCGUCUCUUGGUCGCGAGUUGAAGCCUUGGUAUGGCGCUUGGUAG